UACUCACUCGUGACACACGCUCUCUACUCACAAUUUUCAAAAUGUCUUAUUACGCGAACAACGAAUACAUCAUCGCUACAAACAACUCGAUCAACGAGAACAAAUACAACAGUGAAAAAAUGAAGAACAGUGGCAUCAAGGCGCUACUGAAACCAUUAAUGAAAAUCAUUAAGAAGUCGACGAAGCGGUCUCCCGCUAAAACCGUCGACACGUGCUUCGAGGCCGAGCAGAACUCGUGCAACGAGGCCCUCGAGCGCAAGAUUUACAACGAGAUGGACGCCUGCCAGUCCGCCGCAUUCCUCGUCUGCAACAAGGACGAAUCCUACGACCUUGUGCCAGUUUCCCGGGAAGAUUUCUACAUCCCGGUGCACUUCGCUCGCACAGACGCCGGCACCUUCUUCUGGACCACAGUUUCAAAGUCCGAAGCUGACUUCGCAGCGGCCCACUGCUACACCGAAUGCCAAACCGCCGAGCAGCAAUACCCAGUGUUCCAAGACCGUUGGGUGCAAGCCUAAAUCAUCUCAUCGAACUACAAUCCGAGUGUCUUCCGUGAAACCAGUGCCCGCUCCGUUGGUUUCGAAAAUCGUCUGUGAUCUUAGCUUUAAUAUAAUUCUAUGGUGCCAUAUAGAAUUUAGGUUUAGGUAUGGGCUUCCAGCGCGUGAUAACUCCACAAAAGCUUUAAUUGUACUCUAAUUGUUGUAAAUUAGUGUUGU